GAGAUGGGGCCCAUCACAUGUACAAAGUAGAUAAAUAGUCCUACACAUUCCGAACAGGUCAGAGAAAAAAAUCAAAAUCAAAAUCAAAAAUAAAAAACCAACAAACGAAGGAAGAAAGGCAACUCCCUAAAAUUCAGCUCCUCUUUUAAACAUUUUCAAAUAAGAAGAACAACUUCUUCAUCAUCAUCAUCAACAACAAACAAACCCCAAUCGUUCGUUUCUUCUUCUCCUGGUGGGAAAACAAACAAUGGAGGAAGCAGAGCCAUUACAGUACUGGUGUCACAUGUGCUCGCAAACCGUAAAUCCAAUCAUGGGAAUCGACACAAUAAAAUGCCCCAUUUGCCAAAGCGGCUUCGUCGAAGAAAUGUCGUCAGCCGCCGCCCCGGAGAACAACGCCACCACCCUCGAUUUCGAACUCGGGGGGGCCGACCAAGACCGCUCCCUCUCCCUGUGGGCCCCAAUCUUGCUAGGCAUGAUGGACCACCCGCACCGCCGCCGCAGGAUAAUAAACCCCCCCGCCGAAUUCGAAAACGACAACGAAGAAUCGGAGCUCGAUCGGGAACUGGAGUCGAUAAUGAGGAGGAGGAGGAGAAGCUCCGCCACAAUUCUCCAGCUCCUCCAAGGCAUACGAGCUGGCAUACUAUCCGAAUCGGCCAAUUCCGAAGCUAAUCAGAAUCAACCGAGUAGGGAUAGAUUAAGUAAUCCCGAGCGUGUGAUUCUGAUAAACCCCGUUAAUCAGACCAUCAUUGUGCAGGGCUCGUUCGAACCCAAUAACGGCUCGCAAAGCCGCGAGCCACUUGGCUCGUUGGGUGACUACUUCAUUGGUCCCGGUUUGGAGUUAUUGCUGCAGCACUUGUCUGAAAACGACCCGAAUAGGUACGGCUCGCCGCCAGCUCAAAAGGAGGCGGUGGAAGCUUUGCCGAUGGUGAAAUUGGCAGAGACACAGCAGUGUUCGGUUUGUUUGGAUGAAUGCGAAAUUGGUGAUGAAGUGAAGGAGAUGCCUUGCAAGCAUAAGUUCCACAACGGGUGCAUUUUGCCUUGGCUUGAGCUUCAUAGCUCUUGCCCCGUUUGUAGGUAUCAGUUGCCUGGUGACGAGUCGAAGAUUGAUUCUAAUAAUAUUGUUAACAAUCAAGAAUCAGAGAGUAAUAAUAUUGUUAAUGGUAAUAACAACGGUGGUGGUGAAAAUAGUGGUGAUGAGAGAAAUGAGAGUGGUGCGAGACAGUUUUCGGUUCUUCCAUGGCCUUUUAGUAGUUUGUUUUCUUCGUCGAGUUCAAGGUCCAGUAAUCGAAGUUCGUCCUCAAAUUCUGCUAAUGCCACACCGAGUACUUCACGCGAGGAUGAGAAUUGAGUUUGCAUGAGUGAGUUCUGCUAUCAGUUUGUUGUGCUUUUAUUUUAUGUAGAGUAUAUAUCUAUAUAUGUGUGAUUACUUUUGAGUUUUGUAAAUAGUAUGUACUAUGUAGUACCCCUCAUACCAAACUUCAGUGUUACUAGAUAAGUGAGCUAUCUUUUUUCUUUCUUUAUAAUCUUUUUUUCCUUCUCCCUCCCUCUAUGUGGGUAUAUUCAGACAAGCUGUUUGUUUGAUAUUGUCAUAGUUUGAAGCAAGAACUGCUGUGGGCUUUUUUCUUUUUAUUUUUUGUUUUUGAGA